AUGUCGAUCGCAGCUUUCGCUACACUCCCCAGUGUGCAAUCAGGUGUCGACGCCAGGAAUCCCAGCCUUCGAGGACAUGCCUCGCAGAACCAAUCACGUCCUGGCUCUGACAUGGCCGGUGCGGCGUUGCUGUCGGCACCGGCAAUAUCUGCAAUGUCUGGCUUUUUGCUUGCUCUUCGGAACAGACGCUCGCUGACCAGAAGGGCUGCAAAAGAUGAAGCUCGAGUGCAGACAAUGGAGCGACCCCUGCUGGACAACGUUGUUACUGCUGGGGUGAAGGCAUUGGAAGCCGCGGAGCUAAGCCGUGUGAAUGCCUCCUCAGAAACUCCAAGUGAUGCAAAUGGCAACUGGUCCGGCGAGCCACGGGAGUGGGCUAACUCAGACUCGAUCACGCAGCAGAUUUCAAAGGUGUCGCAGAUGGGGCCCUUGGCACAAGCCAAGCAAUUCAUAGCUGACCGGCUGGCGGGGGAGUACGAUGCGGAGAGGAUUGGGAGCCUCAUCGACGAGAAGAUCAACUCAAACAAGAUCAUGAUGUUCUCGUUCUCCACCUGUCCGUUUUGCUUGCGGGCGAAACAAAUCCUGCGGGAGGAUUAUGGCGAGGAAUUUGAAGUCUAUGAGUGUGACCAAGAGGCUGACGGGUAUGCCGUGCGGGCAGAGCUUGGCCGACGCACGGGCCGUACCUCUAUGCCCUCAGUCUACUUGGGUCCUUCGGUAUAUCUGGGUGGCUGCAAUGAUGGAGGUCUAGGCGGAGUUGCGACCCUCGACAAGCAAGAACGUCUUGGAGAUCUUCUGGCAGAGCGUAGUGCCGCCACAAGCGCAUUUGCUCCGUUGGAGUGGCUGGCAACACUUGGACAACCCGAUCGACAGGAAGCCCUGAAGCGGAAGAAGGCAUUGUUGGCAGCUUGUGAUGAGGCUCCAAAAAACGGUGUCGGGGCCAGCGAUGCCACAAAGGAGGAGGUGGAGGCUGCCGCGGCAGAUUUGGAAGCGCUAUGCCCAUCGAACCCGGCUCGAGCUUCCCUCGAAGGAGUUUGGGAUCUGCAGUACUGCACGGCGGAAGGAAGUUCCAACGGUAAAGUUGGUCCCUUCGUGGGUGACGUGACGCAGACCUUUGUUGAUGAUGUUCGCUUCGUGAACGCUGUGGAGAUUGGACCCGUCAAGGUUGCCCUGCAGGCAGAACGGGAAGUGCUCAAUGACACCGAGAUCAGGGUGACAUUCAAGGAGACAGUGUUUUCCAUCCUCGGGAUUGAAGUCUUCCGCAAGCCAACCAAAGGUGCUGGGACCUGGAAGCAGAGAUUUGUAGAUGCCGGCCUUCGCGUCAUGGACACUCCAUCCCUCUUCAUCCUGCGCAAGCGCCGGAGUUAG